GAAAUAAAUUAUCUUGUGUUUACUAAUGCGGACUACAGACAUAUUGUGAAGCAAACAAACUGCACAUAAAUAAAUGCUACCAGGAUACUAAGACUACAAAAACACUUUUCCAGUAUUUUCAUGAAUCUGUAAAAUUAUGUGACUAGAGGUCAUUUUUCCAAACAAUGGGGGAAAGAGCCAGAAGUACAGAUGCUGAUCAAGAAAGAAAAUCAGGCAAACACCAUUCCUCUCACUAUUCGUCUGACUUUGGGUCCACGCCACAGUCUUCUGUCUAUUCAUCACCCGUCCAUCAGCCUAAAUGUCCAAGUACUAAGGAGAAGAAUCCCAAAAGACACUUGUCAGGCCACCAGGUGUAUCACCAAGCCGUUAGGAAAGUUAGCCCUAAGGCUGGACCCAGCAAAAAGGGAAGCCGAAUAGGAUUUCGAUCCCAAAGCCUCAACAGAGAGCCGCUUCGGAAAGAUCCAGAUAUCAUUACAAAGCGGAUUCUGUCUGCAAGGCUUCUGAAAAUCAAUGAGCUGCAGAACGAAGUGUCGGAACUACAGGUCAAGCUAGCCCAGCUGCUCAAAGAAAACAAGGCUUUGAAAAGCCUUCAGUUUCGUCAGGAGAAAGCACUGACCAAAUUUGAAGACGCAGAGAAUGAAAUCUCACACCUUAUACAGCGUCACAACAAUGAGAUUACUGCGCUCAAAGAACGCUUAAGAAAAUCCCAGGAGAAAGAACGGGUGACAGAGAAAAGGGUGAAAGACACGGAAGGUGAACUAUUUAGGACGAAGUUUUCCUUACAGAAACUGAAAAAGAUCUCCGAGGCUAGACACCUCCCAGAACGAGACGAUUUGGCCAAGAAACUGGUUACGGCAGAGUUAAAAUUAGAUGACACCGAGAGAAAAAUUAAGGAGCUGUCCAAAAACCUCGAGCUGAGCACGAACAGUUUUCAGCGUCAGUUGCUUGCUGAAAGGAAAAGGGCAUUUGAGGCUUACGAUGAAAAUAAACUUCUUCAAAAGGAGCUGCAGCGGCUCUAUCACAAGUUAAAGGAAAAGGAGAGAGAGUUGGAUAUAAAAAACAUAUAUGCUAAUCGACUGCCGAAGUCCUCUGCAAAGAAAGACAAAGAAGUUAUUCAAAGAAAAAAUGUAUCAUGCCAGAGUGACUUUACAGACCUGUGUACAAAAGGAGUACAGACCACCGAAGACUUGGAGCUUGAAGAAUUUUCCUUUGCAUCACAGACGGUUCUGUGUUAUGAGAACAAAUGGGAUGAACCAGAUUAUUUUUCUUCGUACCUGGAAUACCAAGAGCAAAGCGAGCGUGAAACAACAACUAUUCCAAAUUCAUCUUCGGAAAGAGAAGAAAUCUUCAGUGAAGAUCAGGAAAAAUGCUCUAGCAAACAGGAGUCGGGGAAGUCUGAGAAGGAGUCGGAAAAAGAAGAACUUGAUAAGGCGCAAAGUAAUAAGGAGACAUCUUUGGUGGUUCGAACAGAGAAACCAGCGUUGGAAGCUGGAAAGUUCCACGCGCAAACACAUCAAACUCAAAAUGCAAAACAACGGGAAGACGAGGCAGAAAGACUCAAAACAGAAAUGCUUCUCGCCAAAUUGAACGAAAUCAACAGAGAACUCCAAGACCCUCAGAACCUCAAACGGCCCCCUUUGCCAUUGCUCCCCAACUUUGAAUCAAAGCAGCAUUCUCCAGACAGAAGCUCCAAACCAUCCACACACUCUGAGUCUUCAGACAGAUCCUCGAGUGGACAACAUUCGUCAGACGUGAGCUCUUCAACUGCCAGAGGAGAAGGUCGGAGUCCGGCACCCAUUCGAAGCCCAGGAACCACUCAGAGUCCAGUCCCUCCAGAUGAGUUUUCAUUUGGUAGCUAUGUGCCUUCGUUUGCAAAAACGUCAGGGAAGUCAAAUACACUUAGCCAAAAAAGCAGCUUUUUAGAUUUCCAGAGCAGCAGUUUGGAGAGCCUGAGUAAAGACAGUACAGAUUCUAUUUCGAGAAAAGAGAAAAAAGCGAGCCUGAUGGAGGAGCUGUUUGGUACCGGUAGCAGCACCAGCACCAGCAGCACCACCAUUUCCUCCUCCAAGAGCGGCGACCCUCAUUUUCUGACUGCCGGCAGAGGAGACUUGGACCCUCUUAAUUUCCCCUCUGGGGAUAAAUGCGGCAGAGUUCGGGAGCCUGAUGAUGAAGAUGAAGACUUUUUCCUCGGUGAAGGAAGAAGCUUUAAUCCCAACAGACAGCGGCUGAAGCACGCGAGCAAUAAGCCAUCGGUGACAGCUGUUGACUCUGUUGAUGAGGACAUUGAAGAGGUUACACUCAGAUGACUGACUGGAGCACACAGAGUAUAUAUAUUUAUUUUUUAAAUUGUAAAUAUUAAAAUAUUUUAAUACAGUAUUUAUUAUAAAAAUUUAAAUUUUUAAUGGUAAAAUGGCCUUAUUAGGGAGUCAUUUUUAGCAGCUAAACAUGGCACAAUUAAACAAAUAGUGACAUACCACAAAGCCACGUUGCUAAGAAUGCUUUUUUUUGUUUUGUUUUGAAAUGAACCAAGAGGAGAGUUGUUCCUUACUUUUUCUAUUUUUACAGCUGGUCUCACUUACUGAGCUGGCCUUGUAGGAAGUUUUACUUCACUAAAGUCUUGCUCACUUCCUACUUUCACCUGUUUAUUUUUUGGUCAGAUCUCACUGAGCCCAAGUAUUGUCUUUCCACUGAUGGUUAAAUGGAAAUUAGGGGUCUCUAGUGAAGGCCCCAGGUAGCAUUGAGCAGUGGGACUUAGCAGCUGUGCCCUUGUCUGAGGUGACAAAGCCAAGCUAAUGAGUGGUGGUGGUGGCAACAACAUCGGGACUACCUCUGAAAUACCCCCCUCCCCCCAAGUAUUUGGGGUAUUUACUAAGGUGCAUACUGGGGCAUUACUCCUGAGGAGUACAUCCUCCUCAGUUACAGUCCUGAAAUCACUCACUGCUGCUCUGUGGGCACUUUCGGGGGGCACGGAAGACAUUUUUGCCUUAGGUGAUGCCCCUCUGUGUGGCUCCAGGAGGCUUGGGCAUAGUGUCAUUCCUCUCUUUCUGUACACUCUGUAUUCUGGUGGAAGAUUCCCUACCAAAUACAGGAAGGAGAAGAAAUGUCAGCCCAGCACAGAAUGAUUUUCAACUCAAUUAUGUUUCCAGAGUCCUAGUUUUAGAAAUUUUAAUACAAACCCAGGAGACAGAAGUGUGAUAAGAAGACUUACAGACAGAAGUCCUGUAAGUCUUGGGCUUACAGGACUGAUGUAGAAGCAACCAUGGAUAGAGGUGUUUAGAAUCGGGGCACCUGCCAUGCCGAAGAGACUCAGUAGUUUUCUGUAGAAAGGCACAGUUUCCUUCCACGUAGUUCAAGACAGAUGCAGAGGCAGGUUCUGGGGAGGCCUGGUCUGCUGAAGCAGGGACAGAUCAGCCCAGGAGAGACGCUGUGUGUAACGGAAUGAUUUGUGAUACAGUUCUUGAUAAAACAUUAUGUAAUGUUAAUUUUGUUCGUGGCUGUAAGUUUUCUACUGAUGUAUUCUAAUUUCAAGGUUUUUAAAAAACGUUUCCAGAAAAAAAAUUAUUCAUUACAUUAAUUAGAUUUAUGCCUUUUUCUACCUGAAAGUUUGUUUAACCCAAUGAGCAAGGAAUUACUAAAAUUAAAACAAAUUAAGUUAAAAGCAUGAUGGUUAGUAUUAAAAUUGGAUGUUACAGGGUAUAGAACUUAGAGAGCAAAUCAGUUUUUUUUCUAAAUGUCCAGUUAAAUUUAUUUGUACUCAGGAUUCUUACUAAUAAAAAUUUAAAGCACACCGUGA